AUGCCUCUUGGUACUGUUAGUGGUCAUAAACCUUUAACAUUUGAUUUAAUGAUAAUGGCUGAUGAUAAACCACCAUCACCACGAAUUCAAUUUUCAUUUAAGUUAGCAAAUUGGUCUCUUUAUCGUCAUAUUUUGAAUGAAAAGUUAAUGCAAUGGGAUGUGAAUCGUAAAAUAGUUUCUACAAAUGAUAUCGAUGAAUAUACAACUUUUAUUAGUGAAAGUAUUGUAGCAGCAGCUCGCUCAUCUAUUCCUCAAAGUUCUGGUAAAAUUAACAUUGAAAUAAGUCCAGUCACCAAACGUCUCAUCAAUCUAAAACAUCAAUUCUAUCGUAGUUGGAAGAAAUAUGGUGUAGGAAAAAAUCAGUAUUAUCGUUACGAAAUGAUCGAAUUGCUCGUCUGA